AUGCGUCUCAGCUUGUUCUUCCUCACUCUUCUGGCAACCUAUGCCAGUCAAAUAUGCGCUAACCGAUCGAAACACUGGGCUGUGCUCGUGGCUGGAUCUCAAGGUUGGGAUAAUUACCGGCAUCAGUCUGACGUUGCUCAUGCGUAUCAACUGGUGCGUCAAAAUGGAAUUCCUCCGCAGAACAUAAUCACCAUGAUGGUCGAUGAUGUGGCCAGUUAUCGCGAGGGCCCCAAUGAUAAGGUCUUCAUUUACAUGGCCGAUCAUGGUUCAAGUGGACGUUUCCACUUCCCAACUGAGAAGCUCCAAGCGCAAGUAUUCAUUCAAACGCUGGUCUGGUUGAACCAGGCUCGACGGUACAAACGAAUGCUUAUCUACAUCGAGGCUUGCUCUUCCGGAUCUAUGUUUGAAGGACUGCUGCCGCCAAACAUCAAAAACCAGGUGCAUUUGUUCCAGUUAAAACGUCGACUGUCCGUGAACCAGUCACCUGAACAACUGGAGUUGGCACGUCGGCGCCUAAAUCGUGCGACGCAGCUGGCAAGGAUGGCCAGAGAAACGGUCGAUGAUAUUGUGGAACAGGUCUAUCGCAGUGUCACGCCGUCAAACCCACGCAUCGACAUUUACGAAGUACUGGAUUGUCACAACACAAUUACAGAACAGUUUGAGAUCAAAUGUUUCAGCCCUUAUCAGGUUCCUGAAGCAGUCUACGAAAUGUCGAAAUUUUACCGGCUGUGCGAGCUCGGCUACGACACAAAGUCAGUUGUCCAAGAGAUAUUCGACAGAUGUGGUUAG